AUGGCGUCAUUCUAUGAUGUCAGCUUCUUCACACUGCCAUUGACCAUUGGUGGGACACACUCUGAUGUUUCGCACGCAGUACAUGGCAGCAACGUACGCGGCUUCUUCCGCCAUAACAGCACAAACAUGUAUCAAAACUUUUGCCAUGACUAA